UAAUCCCUACCACGAAAACCUGAGGUUAGUGUAUACCAUACGAGAUUAGGGAAAUGGGAGGUAGUAGCACCAUCAUCGGUGGCACCAAUUCCACAACCCCCUUUUUGAGAAACACUUCGUAAUUUAUGCUGUAAUAGAGCCAAAUAGAAUUUGAGUAUCCCUAAAUUAGCUUCAAGCCUAAUUGGAUUUUCAAUGGGGCUAUCUAAAUGAAUCCUAUUGGUAAUUGCGUUUUCUAGUAUACGUAUAUUAUUACGUAAGAUCGAAAGGUGUUUGCAGAUCUCCGAUUUGCUUUUUAUUAAUUUGACGGCGUCUCGAGUCAGUUGAACUAUGUCACUGCUAAGGGACGCAGCAGACGUAGUCGAAACUGUCGACAUACUUACACAAAAAAUUAUCCAAGUACUUAAAAAUAUUAUUAAGUUGUAUUCGCGAUCACCGAUACUGCAGGGAAUUGCUUGUGAACACCAACAACAAGCAAUGUAUUCCACACAAAUCCUGAGACGCAAUUAUUCGAUUUACGACAAAACGAUUCCUUUUAUAUACAGUAGGUGCUCUUGAUGAAGGGCAAAGGCAAGAGGUCAAACAACCUGAAUAAAUGCUACGUUGCAUUUAGUUAUCUUUUCCGGAGAACAUACGCGCUAUCUCUCUCAUUCCCAAGAGUUCUGCAAACGUUAGCAAAAAUUUUAUAAUAAAUACUAGAAACAUUAGAGCGCAUUUUAAUCAGUUACAACGCGAACUCCGAAAUGGAUACUGCUCGGAAAAUGCCUAAGUUAUCGCUAUCCAUGAAAAAGAAACUGCCGCCGGCUUCGAAAAGUGUGCCACCAAAGAGAGUGAACAUAAUCAGUGAUGUGACUGUAUUGCCAAGAAAAGAUCCGAGGUUGGCAUCGCAUCCAAAACCGCCACCGCCUGCACUCGUCAAAAUUGUGGAUAAUGGGACCAUACCGCCACCGCCCCCGUUGCUAGAUGACCAAUAUUCCAUCAUUACAAUUAACUCGGACGACGAGAUUGGAGGGGCACAAGUAACUAAAUUACGUACGGAACCAGUGGUGGAGGAUCAAUUGGCUAAGCUGUUGGAGGAGCUAGAAGGUGGUACCCAGCCGACACAAACCAGGAUGUAUGCGCCGUUAAUAAGGUCUCCAUCGCCUCCAACAGCAGAAGCCGCCCCCAACGUGGCAAAAAUCAGUGAAUACACCACUACGAUGAGGAUUAUAAAAAGUCCAGGGGGAAAAAGCCUGCAAAAUAUGAUGCAGGUCUAUGGCGUAGGCACCGCUCAAUACCCGCAGGCUGAUGACUGGGCCAUGGGGGGGUCACCAGCAACUCCAAGGCAAGUGGCCGAAGCGACAUAUGCCCGUCUGCUGAAGCUGGUACCAGUGUACGAGGCCAAAGGCAUAAGUGCUAGAAACCGCGUGGAGCAGUUGGUUUCGGAACUGGAAGCAGCAAGAUAA